AUGAAAGGCGCCCUCUUCGCCGCAGCUUCGCUGCUCGGCUCUGUGAGCGCAGGCGUCCACAAGAUGCCGCUGAAGAAGAUCUCUCUAUCAGAGCAACUGGCCGGCGCCAACAUCGACACUCAUGUCAAGCAUCUCGGCCAGAAGUAUAUGGGCGUCCGUCCCCAGGCACACGAAGAGGAGAUGUUCAAAGACACCUCCAUCCACGCCGACAAGGGCCUCCACCCAGUGCCUGUCAGCAACUUCCUGAACGCCCAGUACUUUUCAGAGAUCACCAUCGGUACGCCACCCCAGACCUUCAAGGUCGUUCUCGACACCGGAAGCUCCAACUUGUGGGUUCCAUCCUCCGAGUGUGGCUCGAUCGCCUGUUAUCUUCACACAAAGUACGACUCGUCUUCCUCAUCUACCUACAAGAAGAACGGUACCUCCUUCGAGAUCCGAUAUGGCUCCGGAAGCCUUAGCGGAUUCGUCUCCGAAGAUGUUGUGACCAUUGGAGACCUGAAGAUCAAGGACCAAAUCUUCGCUGAAGCUACCGAAGAGCCAGGUCUUGCCUUUGCAUUCGGUCGUUUCGAUGGUAUCUUGGGUCUUGGAUUUGACACCAUCUCCGUAAACAAGAUCCCUCCUCCAUUCUACAGUAUGAUUGAGCAGGGUCUGUUGGACGACCCCGUAUUCGCUUUCUACCUUGGAAAUGCUGACAGUGAGGGCGACGAGUCCGAGGCUACCUUUGGUGGUAUCAACAAGGAUCACUACACUGGCAAGAUCACCGAAAUCCCCUUGAGACGCAAGGCCUACUGGGAAGUCGAUCUCGAUGCUAUUAGUUUUGGUGACUCUACUGCUGAGCUCGAGAGCACUGGUGUCAUACUUGACACCGGAACCUCCCUCAUUGCUCUCCCAUCGACUCUUGCCGAGCUUCUCAACAAGGAGAUUGGUGCCAAGAAGGGCUAUAACGGACAAUACACCGUUGACUGCGCAAAGCGUGACAGCCUUCCAGACCUAACCUUCACCCUCAGCGGCUACAACUUCAGCAUCACCCCAUUCGACUACAUUCUUGAAGUUCAAGGAUCUUGCAUCUCCAGCUUCAUGGGAAUGGACUUCCCUGAGCCCGUAGGCCCAUUGGCUAUUCUCGGUGACGCUUUCCUCCGAAAGUGGUACUCCGUUUACGAUCUCGGCAAGGGUACCGUCGGUCUCGCUGCCGCCAAGGCAUAA